AACAGGGGACAGCCUUGAGCUGUGACAGAGGCUCAAGCUAGGCUGCGUGUCGUCUAUUCCUGCGUCCGUUCUGGACGAAAUGUUCCUCUGUGGGGCGUGUCCGCAACUUUCGCAACGAACAUCAAACAAGCCAUACGUUUCUGGUUUUGGGACUGGUUGACAUUCUCCCUCCUGGUGGGAGAGAGAGAGAGUACACUCUCUCUUUCUCUCUCACACACUCUCUCCCUGUUCAGCACAGUCCGCGGAUCUAUGCAGCGUACCUGGUGACAGACGGGGACUUUGCGGGCCCGAGGUGGUCGGAGAGCGGCUCUGCUGUGACGACCGACCCAUCCUUUGGUUUGACCGAACGGGAUUGUGUUCAUGGAUCUGCCAUUAGUCGAAAAUCCGAUUUUCGUCGAAGAAGCGAUCACCUUGGCACUCUCGUCUCUUCUUACUCCCAGACAGCGUUAGGGCGCCCGGCGUCCUUCCCUCGAACCUACUCCCAUCUGCUGUGCACUGCUGCCGCUCACUUCUUCCAACUUGUCUGUGUGAGUGUGUGUGUGCAUGGUCAUUUUCGAUUCUCCCAUUUCCCAUCAUUGUUGCGUCUUGUUUGUCACUUGUUCCAUAUUCUCUUCUUUCUACUCGUAAUUAGCACCUGGCGUGCUUGAGUACCUCUGUACCUUACGUUACGUCUUGCCCUUCUUAAUCAUGUCUUCGGAGAAGCUCUACCGCUCCGUGCCCCACGAGGAAGAGGAGGUCGAGAGCCUCGCCGGGAGCCUCAGCACGGAAUCCACCGAGAUUGCGGACGGCAUGACGGCGGCGGCGGCGACGACGACGACGACGAAAAGCGCGGCGUGGAGGCGGAUGAGACUCAGCGACGAGCAGCACCCGUGCAGAGACAAGGCCCGCCGGCUGCUGCGGUACUGGCCCUGGGUCGCCCACGCGGUGCUGCUGACGACGUCCGUCACGCUCUUCGCGGCGUCGUUCUGCAUGCGCUACGGCAGCCAUCAGAACGACGAUAUCGUCUACACCAAGAAGUACUCAUCCUAUUCCCCCGCGGCGGGAAUCGUCAAGUACCACACCGAGAGGUACAACCUGACGCCCAUCAUGGACUGGUCGCCGUUCGUCGGGGCCGGGUACGAGGUCGACAGGGCGUGGGACCACAUCACGAACAACAUUGGCGACCAGAUGAUCUCGCACGCCGAGCUCACGAGGCUUGGCCUCGACCCGAAAUCGAUCAAGAUCACGAACCCCAUCACGGGCGAGGAGGGCUACCGGGCGGGCCUCGAGGUGUUCCACCAACUGCACUGCCUCAACCUGCUGCGCAUGUCGACGUUCCCGGAAUACUACUCGGACGCGGAGGUGGGCGGCGACGUGGCCACGGACCCCGAGGACCUUCGAGGACACGUCGACCACUGCCUCGAGGCGUUGCGGCUGAACCUCAUGUGCCAGGCCGACAUUGGCGUCUUCACCUUCAAGAUGUACCCGGAGCUCCCCGUCGAGGGCCACUGGCCCGAUUUCAGCACGCUGCACACCUGCCGCAACUUCGACGACAUCCGAAACUGGGCGCUGACCCACUCGGUGACGUUUGAGGACGAGGAGUAGAGGUGGGGGUGGUCGUUGGUUGGGAUGAGUUUAUGGAUCCUUGUGAACGGAUGGAUGUCAAUGUAUGCAGGGUAAGGUGAGGCAAGGCAAGGCAAGGCAAGGCAGG